GCGCAUGCGCUCGCCUGUAGUCUCGGCGCCGUCCGGGCUGAGAGCGAGACGGUGGCCGAGAGGACGCGGGCGGCGGACGGUGGCCGACGAGGUCGGGCAUGGAGCACCUGGAACGCUGCGCGUGGUUCUUCAGGGGGACGCUGGUUCGGGCGGCGGUGCGACGCUACCUGCCCUGGACGCUCACCGCUUCCAUGCUGGUGGGCUCCCUCCUCAAGGAGCUUUCCCCGCUGCCCGAGAGCUACCUCAGCAACAAGCGCAACGUCCUCAACGUGUAUUUUGUCAAAGUGGCCUGGGCUUGGACCGUCUGUCUCCUCCUGCCUUUCAUCGCCCUCACCAAUUACUACCUGACCGGCAAGGCAGGCCUGGUCCUGCGGCGGCUGAGCACCCUGCUUGUGGGCACAGCCAUCUGGUAUGUGUGCACAGCCAUCUUCUCCAACAUUGAGCACUACACGGGCAGCUGCUACCAGUCGCCAGCCCUGGAGCGGGUCAGAAAGGAGCACCAGAACAAGCAGCAGUGCCUCGGAGCGGGCGGCUUCUGGUAUGGCUUUGACAUCUCGGGCCACUCCUUCCUGCUGACCUUCUGUGCCCUCAUGAUUGUGGAGGAGAUGGCCGUGCUGCAGGAGGUGAAGACGGACCAAGGCCAUUUCCUCCACGCCGCCAUCACCACCCUGGUGGUCGCCCUGGGCUUCCUGACCUUCAUUUGGCUGUGGAUGUUUCUGUGCACGGCUGUUUACUUCCACGAUCUGUACCAGAAAGCGUUCGGCACCCUGUUCGGUCUGCUGAGCUGGUAUGGGACAUACAGGUGUUGGUAUCUGAAAUCCUUUUCCCCCGGACUUCCUCCCCAGUGCCCUAGUUUGAACCUGAAACGAGACAGUUACAAGAAGUAGAAGAGAAACAAAGGGGGCGACACCAGGCAACGGCUGAUAUAUUUUUCGUGUAUUUUCCUUAGUUAUUUGACUAAAUGAUUGCUGCUCCUCCAGAGAGGAAGCCUGCCAGACAGUUCCGGUGAGUGUGGUAGCGUCUGGGAGCCAGUCUGCCCUUGGCGACAGCUCCUGGUGUCACAGGUACCACCGUAACCAGUCGGGCACUUUCGUCCCUGGCGAAACUUAACCUUAAUCUGGACUGUCCUUUGUGUCCCCAGAGGACGGAGUCAGGAACGCCCCCGGGGCCCGAUGGAAGGGAAGCCAGGGCUGCCGCCACGAUUCUCUCUGACUCUGGUCGUCUUCUGUUUUAAUGGCUCUUCGUGCUGUUAUUUGAUCUUUGUUUCCCUCUGGUCAGCUUUGCAAAAGCAUUUGUUUCCUGCAGGAUUCUUUAAAAGCCAGUGGUUUAAAAGACAUCUCAGGUUGUAGCAUUUACUUCAUCUGUGGAAUGUUACAUAUUGCAGCUGGCUUGUGAUUAGCUACUUAAACAUACUGGAGUGCCUCAGUGUGACUGAGCACUGGCGAAUUUUGAAUUUUACGUAGUGAGCAUUGAAGAUGUUCUCUCCACGUGUACCGCUACAUGUGGUUUUAGAAGAGGUACUGCCUUUUUUUUCUUUCAUUUUGAGUGAACGCUUUAGCGUUUUUAAUGCAACCAUGACAUUUUGUUCUGGGCUGAUAGCACUCCCCGAAAAUAACUCAGAACUGCAGUGCUGCACCUCUGGCACGUGUGGAGAUGCUGUGAGAUUUUUUUAUGAACACUAAUUUACUUUUUAUAAACCAAACUCUUGGCUUAUGGUAUAAAAUUCCGUCUCACAAGGCUGUUUGUUUGUAAGAAUUAAACCAGACAGCAGACACUAUAACAGUGACUCCAUGAGUUAUAAACUGAGUCAGAAUAAUUUCGCAAAACGGGCUUACUUUGCACUGAAACUUUGCUGACCACAGGAGAGUGGUGGGCAGUGUCGGGAGCAAGGCCCUCGGCACACUCACCUUUGCACAGGUUACGAUAGUCAGAGGUGAAGGAAAUGUCUUCCUUUGCUUCUGAUGGCAGGAAGCCAACCUGCUUGCAAAAAUAUCCUUAUUCAGUGGUGGGUGGCUUUGGCCCAGCCUCCUCUUGCAUCAAACCAAAGCUACAUCUGCUGAACAUCUUUCCCCUGGCAACCACUCUCCAUUUGCAGGCUUGUCGUGACCUUCACUGUGAGGGUGCUGGGAAGAGAGGAGUCCCUCCAUCUCAGAAGGGUACAAUCACAUAUACACCCCAGGCUGGUCUCCUUAAAUCCUUCCAGCCACCCCUUGACUUCUGGGUAACCCGUGAAGCUGCUCUGAUGUCCCUAAUCUAGCUUGAUAACAUCAGCUGAUGGAUAAGCGAUACCCUUGACUGACUUAACUCCAGCGAAGUUGCUAGGAGCAGGAAGGCCGGAAUCUUUCAGGGUAAAUUGUAUUUCAUGUAAAGGUGGAUUUGAAAUAUGUAUCCUUAAGGGCCGCUGGUUGAUCUGUAUCACUCAAAUGAGUGUGUGAUAGGGCAGAGACACCUGCGUGUGAGCUGGUGGAAGAGCCGCCUGGUACUUUGGAAGCCCUGGCAAGAUGGGAUGGCCUCCAGGAGAGAGUUUUUUUGUCCGGUGGCGUUUAUAGCUAUAUACUCGGGGGUAGGAUGUGUGCUGGGGUCUUGUUGAAGGGAUUGGAAGCUCCCCAGAGUUUCAUGGUCAGCAACAAUAGGCACAAGGUAACUCCAGAAGUUCACUUGUUACAUUUAAAUCUCUUGCUGUCUCCUUCAGCCUUAAAUUAACAAAAGUCAGUUAUCCAGACAUGUGCUGAUGAGUCUUCCACCACUUCCUGCUCAUUCUUGCCUUGUUCUUGGGAACAAUCUCCCGACCAGAGAGAGUGAGAGCUGGACGAGGUCGGUUUUAGGCAAACGGGUGUGGGUUCAGAUGGUGGCACUAUUGCUGAUGGCUGCCUGCCCACCAGGGACAGGCUUCAUUCUCAUCUGUAAAGCGGGAUGAUAACGUUAGCAUUAUUGAAAAGGUGCGUGUACUGUGCCCAUCCCAGGUGCUGGCAGGCCAUCACCCUCAGCUGCCUCUCCCUUGGCUGGGCCUUCAGAUCUUCAUGGCUCCCCUAGAGAAGGCAAGGAAAUGAACAUCUGUUGAGUGCCAUCUGCACUGGCUCCUGUUAAAAUAAUCUUGUGUUGCCUUUUGGAAAGUGUCUUGUGCCCCCCCGGUGCGGAACAAGAGGCUGCCGAGGGCUUCCACGAUCACGGGAACCCGCCUUCCUGAGUUGCCUCUCGGUGCUGGGGUUCUUGCACUGAAGCCUCAUUUUCCACGUGCAUCUGUCAUAGUCUGAGUACCAGAUUGUAUUUAGAGGAUGGCUCUUGCCACUGUUACAUACACAAAGAUCACGCGUGUGUAAACAAGCGAAUGAAGUAAACUGGAGAUAAUAAAACCCCUUGUU